GGAGUGUACCCUCUAUUCGCCAAAUUUAAUUUCCUGAAGAAACCUCUGCAGCGAAUCGUUUGCGGCGGAGUGUUGGCUGCCGUGGCCUUCACUAUCUGCGGCUUUUUCCAGUUGACCAUUGAGUCGGAACUGCCGCCCAUUCUUAACGCCAAUGAAUUUCACUUAACUAUUGCCAACGGACUCGACACUGAGAUUACGCUGACAAACCCCGUCUUAUUCCCGGCUGACUCCACGAAAACUAUAGACAAAUACAAUACUUUGAUCAAAGAGAACGUUAACUCAAAGGAUUUGCUUACAAACCUUAAUCUUGAGAUCGCAUUCACCAGAACAGUAGGUGCCUGUUUGAAUACUGAACCGGCCAAGAUCAAAUUGGACUCGAGUGUUGAAAAAGGAGGAGUAUUGUACAUUACUGAAGACAUUUGUGGUCAAGUGGACAAGGUACUACAGACAUACAAUUUUGACGGCAAAUUCGAUAUAAUGGACAAACCGGCCGACGGCGGAGCGUUAACAGCAGUUGUAUUCAAUUUUAAGGGAAUUACAGUAAUUCCUGAAAAUGGUUCGAAUGUGGAGUUCCGGUUCACAAACAGUGAGUUCACUAAAGAUUUUAAGCCUAAACAUAUCGAUGAAAUCGGCGAACAGCAGUACAUCGGCUUCGUGCCAUACAAUGAACUGGACAUUCAUUUGGGCGGAGAAUAUACUUUGGAAUUAUUUAAAAGUCCUAAGGAUAGCCAGGUUAAGCCAGACACCAUCAAAAAGGAUCUGGGUCUGAAACAGGGUGGUUCCUAUAUAAUAGUCGCCCACUACGAUAAUGGAAAAUUUGAUGCAAUCGUGAAUAAUGUGGUGAAACCUAAUUCGGUAUCCAUGUUCUGGCAGAUCAUUCAGUAUCUGGUGAUCACCGCCGGAGAGAUCAUGUUCUCCAUCACCGGUUUGGAGUUCUCGUACUCUCAG